AGAGCGCUAUCUCUGUUGAACCUCCCGCUGGCCUUUACUUUUAUGCUGUUGGCGUCAUUCGGUCGUUUACAUAAACCUAUAAAAAUCUGUUUUUUCCGUGCAUCCCAAGAGGUUUUCGGCACGGACGGUGCGAAUAUCGGCCCCCCAACGUUUAAGUUAUAAGAUGGACACUGACGAGGGAGAGUCAUCCAGUAGCGGCCCCAUCUCGACCCUCAACAGUUUGUUUUCAUUCACCAGCCCCGCAGUGAAGAAGUUGUUAGGCUGGAAACAAGGUGACGAAGAGGAGAAAUGGGCAGAGAAAGCCGUGGAUAGUUUAGUUAAAAAGUUGAAGAAACGCAAAGGUGCCAUCGAGGAGUUGGAGAGGGCUUUGUCAUGUCCAGGACAGCCCAGCAAAUGUGUGACAAUACCUCGAUCUCUGGACGGCAGGCUGCAGGUGUCUCACCGUAAGGGCUUGCCCCACGUAAUUUAUUGCAGGGUUUGGAGAUGGCCCGACCUACAAAGCCACCACGAACUUAAGCCGUUGGAGCACUGUCAAUACCCGUUCUCCGCCAAACAAAAGGAAGUGUGUAUCAACCCGUACCACUACAAAAGGGUCGAAAGUCCUGUCUUGCCGCCCGUUCUGGUGCCGCGACACAACGACUUCGUGCCCGGCCACUCGUUGCUCCCCUUCCAACAGUUGGUGGAGCCCAACAUGCCGCACAACGUCAGCUACACGUCAAACGGCUUCAACUCAAACCACAUCGGUCCCAGCUCACCAAUGUCCAACGUGUCUAGUCCCGGAAGCGUGGCCUCAAAUCCCCAAUCGCCCUACGCUAACCUGGCGGAGACUCCACCCCCUGCUUACAGUCCCACCGACGAAAACAACACGAGCAACAACAACACAAGCCCCGAACCAGCCCUGUCAACCGACGUACAGCCGGUCCCCUACCAGGAGCAACCCUUCUGGGCCUCGAUAGCCUACUACGAGCUGAACUGCCGUGUCGGCGAGGUGUUCCACUGCCACUCGACGUCGGUGAUAGUGGACGGAUUCACGAACCCGAGCAACAACAGCGACCGCUUCUGUCUCGGGCAGCUGAGCAACGUGAACCGCAACUCGACGAUAGAGAACACGCGACGGCACAUCGGCAAAGGGGUGCACCUCUAUUACGUGAACGGCGAGGUGUACGCGGAAUGCCUCUCCGACUCGGCGAUAUUCGUGCAGUCGCGCAACUGCAACCACCACCACGGCUUCCAUCCCUCAACGGUCUGCAAGAUACCGGCCGGGUGUUCGCUGCGGAUAUUCAACAACGCGGAGUUCGCCCAGCUGCUGUCGCAGUGCGUCAACCACGGCUUCGAGGCGGUGUACGAGCUGACCAAGAUGUGCACCAUCAGGAUGAGCUUCGUGAAGGGAUGGGGCGCCGAGUACCACAGACAGGACGUGACCAGCACACCGUGCUGGAUCGAGGUGCAUCUGCACGGGCCGCUGCAGUGGCUGGACAAGGUGCUCACCCAAAUGGGGGCGCCGCACAACGCCAUCAGCUCGGUCUCUUAACAAUCUUUAGGUGUAAGUUGAUUAUUUUAUGGAGGAUCCAUUUGAUGGGUUGGCUACGAGCACCGGUUCGUGUGUGGGAGGCUUUCGGUAUGGCUGAACGUUCCACUGGCAGGUUAAACGUACAAGAAAACUAAAUUAACUGUUGAUAGAUGUAAAAAGUUGUCUCGAUCUUGUCAUUUUAUGUUUCCAAAAUUAUUGAUUGUGCAAUACGAAUGGUUCACUUGUGCAAUAACAACUGUAAAAACUACACUUCUGUGGAAGGUUUUCAUCCAUAUUUAAACAGUUUGUUUUAUCCUACAUACUUUUAUAUACUUAAGUGCAUAUAUACACACAUUCAUUAUAUAUUCAUUUUUUGAAUUAAAUUGUAUUAUAAUUUUUUUAUACACAUAAGUUUUAAUUAAAGUUAGAUUAUGUUUA